AUGGCCACCCCGCUGGGGUCAACACGUGUGGAACCGCUACUUAUGGCGUUCGACAGCACCUGUACCUUACUCUGGGCGAAGCUCUAUGAACGGGGCACCUAUCACUGCUCCUGUUGGCCAACCUGUGGCUCCCCAGAGCCGUCCUGCUGCUCGCUACCACAG